GCUGCUUCGAGUGGGUCACGUGACCGCGAGCGGCGGAAUAGUACAGGUUAUCCGCGUGCGAAUUCGAUCGUGUGCUCCGAGGAUUACUCUUUUCGUACGCGUCGGCACGAACGAAUCAUCACCGGCAACAUGUCCAACAAGCCUGCUUACAAAGUCGCGGACCUGUCCUUGGCGGAAUGGGGUCGCAAAGAGAUCACCUUGGCAGAAAACGAGAUGCCAGGACUCAUGGCGAUCAGGAAAAAAUACGGGCCCUCGAAAAUACUAAAGGGUGCACGGAUCGCAGGCUGCCUUCACAUGACUGUGCAAACAGCGGUGUUGAUUGAGACCCUGGUGGAACUUGGCGCUGAGGUACAAUGGUCAUCUUGCAACAUAUUCAGCACGCAAGACCACGCAGCUGCAGCCAUAGCGAAGGCCGGAGUGCCGGUGUACGCGUGGAAAGGCGAGACCGACGAUGAAUACAUCUGGUGCAUCAAGCAAACCUUGGUGUUCCAUGACGGCAAGCCGUUCAAUUUGAUUCUCGAUGACGGCGGCGAUCUGACCAAUCUCGUUCACGUCAAGUAUCCGCAAUAUCUCACAGAAUGUCGGGGCAUAUCCGAGGAGACUACUACUGGAGUACACAAUCUUUAUCGCAUGAUGAAAGAAGGCAUACUCAAAGUGCCAGCAAUUAACGUCAACGAUUCCGUCACGAAGAGCAAGUUCGACAAUUUGUACGGCUGCAGAGAGUCACUGAUCGACGGCAUCAAGAGGGCGACCGAUAUCAUGAUCGCCGGCAAGGUAUGCGUUGUAGCCGGUUACGGAGACGUUGGCAAAGGAUGCGCGCAGAGUCUUCGAGCCCUUGGUGGUCGCGUCAUCAUCACGGAAAUCGAUCCUAUUAACGCCUUACAAGCGGCUAUGGAAGGAUACGAGGUAACGACGAUGGAAGAAGCGUGCACCAAAGGCCAAAUAUAUGUGACCACGACAGGCUGCAAAGAUAUCGUGUUAGGUCGACAUUUCGUCAACAUGCCAAACGAUGCUAUCGUUUGCAACAUUGGCCACUUUGACUGCGAGAUCGAUGUCGCUUGGUUGCAGAAGAAUGCUGUGGAGAAAGUCAACGUGAAGCCGCAGGUGGAUCGAUACAAACUGGAAAACGGCAGGCACAUUAUUCUUCUCGCGGAAGGCCGUUUAGUGAACCUGGGCUGCGCGAUGGGCCACUCAAGCUUCGUCAUGAGCAACUCGUUCACGAAUCAGGUACUGGCACAGAUCGAGCUGUGGACCAAAUCGGACCAAUACUCGGUUGGUGUGCACAUGCUGCCAAAGAAGUUAGACGAGGAGGUAGCGGCAUUGCACUUAAACCACUUGGGUGUGAAACUCACGACUUUAACGCCAGAGCAGAGCAAGUACCUGGACGUACCUGUGGAAGGACCUUACAAACCUGAUCAUUACAGAUACUAAUCGCCGAAAUUCGUGCGCGUGUACGAGGAUUCACUGUUUAUUCUAAGAGAAUAAAUUGUUUUCAUUGUA